UCGCCACUCUGGGCCCAGCGUAUCGUGGUCGCCUGGCUCAGUAAGGCCGAGUGGGAUCAGGUGACGGUGUAUCUGUUCUCUGACGACCAUAAAUUGCAGCGGUACGCGCUGAACCGCAUCACCGUGUGGAGGAGCAGGUAAGGCGGCAGGUUCAGCCCUCCUGCCUGCGUGCUGGUGGCGCCUUACCUCUUCCUUUGUAGAAUUCCUGUAAGGCCAUAUUCUCCAGUCUUCCCCUAAAUUGUCUAAUGGUGUCCCUGUGAGAGGUUUGGGCGUUGCCCCUCUCCCAAGUGCCUGGGGGAAAGUCACAGCCUAGCUCUUGGACUAAUCCCGUUUGCAGAAAGAAUGGGAGUGUGGGGGCCGGCUCCGUGGCCGAGUGGUUGAGUUUGCGCGCUCCGCUGCGGCGGCCCAGGGUUCGGAUCCUGGGCGCAGAUAUGGCACCGCUCGUCAGGCCACGUCGAGGCGGCGUUCCACAUCCCACAACUAGAAGGACGUGCAGCCAAGAUAUACAACUGUGUACAGGGGUGGUUAAAAAAUAAAGAAAGAAAGAAAGAAAGAAAAAGAAAGAGAAUGUGCCUCCACAGCCCUCUUGUAAAAUCUUUGAGCUUUAACCCUUACCUUCUUCCAUCUUGGGGAGGGUGCGGGAGGACCAUUGUGGCUGAGCCAGCGGUUGAGUAGUAGGUUAGUACCCUUGGGUGGAUUUCCAAUUCAAAUUGUCGCGGGGGGGGAGGUUGCCUACAAAAUCGUGUUCGAAUGGGGUUCCUCAGUCCAGUUGGUAAGAUUGAGUUAGGAGGAGAUAAGAGAUAAGGGUCUUCUCCAGCUGAAUGAGUUGAGGGUUUCGGGGUGAAAGAAAGGGGUAUGUCCACCACACUUAAUUGUUGGUUGAUUGUGGAGCAGUUAGACGUCCUGUGUAUACCCUAGACAGCCUCUCAUGCCCUGUGUACUAUUGGAUCCCAGGGACAUUAUCCUCUCUCUUCCCACCUUCUUGAUUUGUGUCUGUUCAUGAACUCUUGAGCCAAUAUAUAAUCAGAAUAGCUUACAGCAACCUAGGUUCUGAGGUGGGUGGUGGAUGAGUGUAAGGGACCUUUAUGAUGGUGCUGGACUGUGGCCUUUUAGGUUAGGCAACGAACUCCCCCUGGCAGUGGCUUCUACUGCUGACCUGGUACGCUGUAAGCUCAUGGAUGUAACUGGUGGCUUGGGCACUGAUGAACUUAGACUGCUCUAUGGCAUGGCAUUGGUCAGGUUUGUGAAUCUUAUCUCGGAAAGGAAAACGAAGUUUGUCAAGCUCCCCCUCAAGUUCCUGGCUCAGGAGGUGAACAUUCCGGAUUGGAUUGUUGAACUUCGCCAUGAGUUGACCCAUAAGAAAAUGCCCCAUAUAAAUGACUGCCGCAGAGGCUGCUACUUUGUCCUGGAUUGGCUCCAGAAGACGUACUGGUGCCGCCAACUGGAGAACAGCCUGAGAGAGACCUGGGAGUUGGAGGAGGACAGGGAAGAGACAGAUGAAGAGGACCAAGAGGAUGAUAAAAACAUUGUUGUUGAGGAUGUCACAGAACAGAGACCAGAGCCUAAGGAUGAGGCGAAAGGUGCAGAGCUGGAUGUCAGGGCUGAUGGAGACAGCGAAGGAAACAAAGAGGUUGAUUCGCAUUGGGAAAAGACUCUGAGACAUAAAGAGCUAUAUGAAAGAGCCCGGGAACUGCUGGUAUCAUAUGAAGAGGAGCAGUUUAAGGUACUGGAGAAAUUUAGGCAUUUACCUCAGGCCAUUAAGGCAUGGAAUAACCUGUCCCCACCUGUAGAAUGCAUCCUGGCUGAGCUCAAGGGCAUCACAUGGGAGAACAGGUUUGUAACUAGGGAGGCUGUGCUGGAUGCUUUUCUGGAUGACGGCUUUCUCAUCCCCACAUUUGAGCAGUUGGCAGCUUUACAGAUAGACUAUGAAGAUGGGCAGACUGAGGUCCAGAGAGGGGAAGGUACUGACCCAAAGUCACACAAAAAUGUGGACUUGAAUGACAUCCUGGUGCCAAAGCCAUUCUCUCAAUUCUGGCAGCCCCUGCUCAGGGGCCUGCACUCCCAGACCUUCACGCAGGCCCUGCUGGAGAGGAUGCUCUCUGAGCUGCCAGCCUUGGGGGACAGCGGGAUCCGGCCCACCUACAUCCUCAGAUGGACCCUUGAACUGAUCGUGGCUAACACCAAGACUGGUCGGAAUGCCCGCCGAUUUUCUGCAAGCCAGUGGGAAGCGAGAAGGAGCUGGAGGCUAUUCAACUGCUCUGCCUCCCUUGACUGGCCCCGGGUGGUUGAGUCCUGCUUGGGCUCACCUUGCUGGGCCAGCCCCCAACUCCUUCAGCUCGUCUUCAAAGCCAUGGGGCAGGUCUUGCCAGAUGGGGAGCAGGAGAAGCUGCUGCGUAUCUGUUCCAUUUAUAACCAGAGUGGAGAAAACAGCCUGGUGCAGGAGGGCUCAGAGGCCUCCCCGAUUGGGAAGUCUCCAUACACACUGGACAACCUGUAUUGGAGCCUCAAACCAGAUGGUGCCAGCUCUGGGCCUGAAGGUGAAGCCCAGCAGCAGGAGGAGCAGGGCAGCCUUAAUGAUGUUAAGAAAGCUGAGAAGGAGGAGAAAGAGGUCAUGGAAGACCAGGUGGAGGAGGAGGAAGAGGAAAAUGAUGACCAAGAGAAGUGGAAGGAGGAGACGGAGGAUGAAGAAGAAGAAGAAGAAGAAGAAGAUGAUGACGAUGACGACGAUGACGAUGAUGAUGACAUAGACGAUGAGGAAGACAGAAUGGAGGUGGGGCCUUUCUCUAUGGGGGAGGAGUCCCCCACUGCUGAGAAUGCUAGGCUCCUGGCCCAGAAAAGAGGAGCUUUGCAGGGCUCUGCAUGGCAAGUUAGCUCAGAAGAUGUGCGAUGGGACAUCUUCCCCUUAGGCCGAAUGCCAGGUCAGACCGAGGACCCAGCAGAGCUUAUGCUGGAGAAUUAUGACACCAUGUAUCUUUUGGACCAGCCUGUGCUAGAGCAGCGGCUGGAACCCCCAACAUGCAAGACUGGGCAUCUUGGUAGCAAGGCCUGCGCAGGGCUCCAUGCUCUCCCUCGAAACUCGCCUCUGGAUCACAGGCGUGGGAGCCCUUGGGUCAUCAGGGAGCCAGGAACCAAGCAGCCCUUGCUGAGGGGCUCUGCUGGUAACACAAAGGAGCCCGUCCAGAGGGCGUGUACAUUCCGGAAUGCGGGGCCAUUGUGACCAGGAGAAUCCUCACCCUGGGCCUGAGCUGUGGCAUUGGCAGUGGCAACUGCAGCAACGGCAGCAGCAACUUGGAGGGCCUUCUCUGGAGCCAGGGCCAGCUGCAUGGGCUCAAAACUGGCCUGCAGCUCUUCUGAUGCCCACCUUGGUG